AAUCGCUCCUCAUAGAGUGUUUGUUUGUCCUCAUCUGGCUUUUAUUUCAUUAUUAUGUUUUUGUUGUUUUUGCUGACUUUGUUCAGAUUGUUUGUGUUGACCUGUGAUCAAACGGACAAAAGGGUGCGUUUGCAGAAGUUUUGGCACUGAUUACCCUCCAUACUGGAGCUGUGGUUUGUGGUGGAGUCAGUGUGCUGCUCGAGUGCCACCUUCCUGCCGUCCCUCCUUUUCUUUUCACUGUGUGAGUCCUCCACAGUUGGUGGGCAGAGACAUCCUGGAGUCCCUCCUCUCUGGUAACAAGUCCUCCCCUUCCCUUCGCCUCUGACCUCCUCAGGCACUCAGGCAGCAUGCAGCAAACGCUCCCAUCAGAUGGACCUGCAGCCGCCGCCGCAGCAGCAGCAGUGCAGCCCUGCCGUCGCUCUGACUCACCUGGACACCUGGACGACUGCUGCAGCAGCCUCUGGACUUCUUCUUUGUUCUUCUUCUUGACUUUAAGGAGUUUUCACUCUGAGGAACGUAACUAAAGCACUCACGACGAGCUGCUGGAUGUUUUUUGGCUCCGGGGGAUUUUUUUUCUUUUCUCCAAGGUGUCAUCACCUGGAUUGUGUCUCCUGAGACGAUCUUUAUUUGUGGUGGAAAGUCAGACUGGAAAGUUUGAGGGAGGACACGCGUGAAUAAUUUUUCUGUCGUUUUCCGUGUGGGACAGACACUGCAGGGGGAAAAAACCUCCGAGAUGUUCUGGUCCAGGAGAGUCCUGCAGCGCUGGUGCUUCGCUCUGUUCCUGCUCGGCUCUCCGGUGCCGCACUACGGGCGGCCCAUCGACGCCCUGAGCAGCAGAAUAAAGCGGUCAGUGACCCACGCCCAGCUGAUGCACGACAAAGGCCGGGCCCUGCAGGACUUUAAGCGCCGCAUGUGGCUGCAGGAGCUUUUGGACGAAGUCCACACAGCGGAGAUCCGGGACCUCCCGGUCCGGGUCACCAGCGGGGGCGGGAGCAGCAGCGGCGCCGGCGUCGGGCUGCCAGGGGCCGGCCUGGGCAUCAACCUGAGCACCACCGGCAGCACCCUGCACUCCAAACCCCCCGGAGGAACCAAGAACCUCCCCAUCAGCUUCAGGCUGGAGGAGGAGGAGGGCACCAACCUGCCGCAGGAGACCAACAAGUCUCAGACGUACAAAGACGGCGUGCUGAAAGCAGCCGGCAGGAAGAAGAAGAAAGGAAAGUCUGGGAAAAGGCGUGAAGGAGAGAAGAGGAAGAGGAGGGCGCGUUCGUUAGGAUGGAGGCUGGAGGAAGAACCGGGAAGUGGACUCCACCUGGAGUGGAGGUCUCUGCUGGGCCUGCAGAGGGCGCUGCUUUAAAACGCUGUCAGUCUCUGACAAAGAACCCUUCGGACGGUUGGACUGGACUCCUAAAUACUCAUGUUACAGUCGUCUGUAAUAGUGAUUGUUUGGAAAGAAAUUGGAAAAUAUUUAUUGUCUGUAAAUAUUCUAAAUAUAGCAGAAUAAAUAGCAGAAUAUGAUUAAAAAAAAACCUAUUUGAUGUUCUGUGAGGCAACUGAUUUUAAUCUUUGUGAAUCCUUGCUUUUUUUUCUUUUUUUUAUUCCAAUUAUGUCAGAUUUUUUGCUGUAAUUUAUUUUGUCUGAAUGGUGUAUUUAUUUUGUAAAUGUAUCGAGGUGCUGCUGACCUUCUAUAUUUUUGUACCAUAUUGCACUUUAGAUAUAUAAAUAUAAAUAUAUAUACCAUUAAUUUUGUUAACUGACUUGUAAUGUGGUUGAUUGAAAUGAAGAACAAACGACGGUCGUCAUUCUGUGUUACUUUUCAGUCUGAUUCUUCCCGGUUUCUCUGCUGCUGUUGGUUCGGAUGUUUUUGUUGUCUCACGUUUGUGUUGGGCCCCCCUGCUGCCUUCACUGUCACUCUGUUUCCUCCACUGCCCGCUCUGCUUCUCAAUGCCAAAGUUCACAUUUGUACAUAAACCAAACACGGCUCCAUAUUGUUGUUUUUGGCACUUGCACUGAGAUGAACACCCUGUACUGAAGAGAUUAAACAUUUGACAGUAA